AUGGACCCAGCGAGCGAAGAGGCGGCAGUGGCGGCGCCGGCGGCGGCGUCUGCCCUGCGCACCGUUCUCCUUUGGCUCGCUCGCUCAGAUGCCACGGCGGGGGCGGGCCCCAGCGCGACGCUCCCGGCCCUUGCCGUGACGCCCGCGCCCUCCGCGGUCACUGGUGUUUCAGGCAGCGAGAGUCCUCCGUUCCCCGGCACCCCGCAGUUCUCUGUGCCCAAAAUGGUUCUGGGCGAAGCGGGAGCCCGAGGCUCCCACGAAGUCACCAACGAGAUAUCAGCGCCCUACGAAGUACCACAGUUUCCUAUUGAGCAGAUAGAAAAGAAGCUCGCUAUUCAGCGCCAGAUCUCCAGCCGGUUCUCGGAAGGCUUCCUCGCGCUCCGCCAGCGGCCUCGGCUGCCGCACGCCGGGCGGCGCGACCGAAAUGAAGAGCAGCCCUUGCGUUGUUAUCGCUCCGCCCAAUAUGAAAUUGAAAUCGCUUCCAGGAAAAUAAGCGAAGCAGUGCGCCUGCGUCGCUUUGAGGAAUGCGGCGAGUGGCUGUGCGUGCGCCUAGGGGUACGGGCAGCGGCCAGUGUGGGCGUGGGCGUGGGCGUGGGCUCGGGCGCAGGAGGUGGGCGAUUACCGGGGAGCUCAUGCUGCGCGUGCCUUCGCCCGUGGGAAGCAGCGACGAUGGCUAUGCCCGGUCAGCACCUGACGCGACACGUCUUGCUUGUGCGAGGGUACCCGCGGAUGCCUUCGCCCACUCACUCUUUCCCACAUGUCCCACCAGAGCACAGGGCUUUCGUGCUGCUCGCUUCUCAUGCCUCUGCGACUGCUCUCUUAUCGUCUUCGUUUUCGCUCUCCAUCCUCGCUUUGGUGCUGUCUCAGUGUUUCGAAGCCCCUGCUCGUGCAACGCCUGCGAAUGGCGGCGGCGGCGCGGUGUCGGGUCCGGGGGCUUGCCGCGCCGCCGCCGCCGCCGCCGCCGCCGCCGCCUCCUCCCGCAUCGAUCAGUACGCGAGCGGCGGACCAUGGGAGCGGACGGGCGACGGUGGCGGCUGCGGCAUGUUCUGGCGGGCGCGCGACUCGAAGCGCUGGCUGCGCGACAACCUGGUGGAGGCGCGGGUGGCCAAGGACCUCGAGGACAAACGCAGCCACUAUGAGCCGUCGCUGGGACCCGCGCCGGACGAUGCCGACCAUCCCUUCAAGCUGGAGGAGCACGACUUUGUGCCGCACUUUCAGCGCGUCUCCAUCAGCGGCGAGGACACCAGCGGGAAUGGUAUUUCACCAGUAGUAGACAAGUUGCAGAUAAUAAGCGCCCCCCGUUUGCAACCAUCUGUUGUAGGCCUGCAGCCUCCUCCACCCCGACGACGGACUCUUCUGGUUGAGGCUGAUCGAGGUGAGCGACGCUUGGGCGGCACCCUAAGGCGUCGACGAACUCGCAAGCGCGACCGUUUACGGUUCAAUCAUCGUAUGUGCACAAAAUGGACAGUAGAAUUUGAAUGUGUAGAAUGCAAUAAUCUUCAGAGUAUGUAA